AUGGGUUUGACCUACUACGAAAUCGACCCCAGUGGGGAUACGCUUCUCAUCCUCCAGAAUGCAAACGCACCAUUUGCAGUUCUUCCUUCAACAGGGCCUCAAGAAACACGGGGAGCGUCGGGCUCAACUCCAGAUGACAGCACAGCAGGCAAGGCACAGGACGCAGACAGCAAGCCGAAAGAAGAAAGCAGCAAGCCAAACGACGCAGACAGCAAGCCGACAGUGCAAAUGCGCCUCUCGUCGAAGCAUCUCACAUUAGCAUCCAAGUAUUUCCAGAAACUGACCGCCAAUAACUGGAAAGAGUCCAAGGAGGCCACGCCCGAGUUUAGCUAUUCGUACGUGAUCAAUGCGAAUGACUGGGACGAAAAGGCGCUGCUGCUUUUGAUGAACAUCAUCCACGGGCGGACCUCAAAGGUUCCUCGGUAUAUCGACCUCGAGUUGCUCGCCAAGAUGGCCGUUUUGGUCGAUUACUACCAAUGCCACGAAGUCGUCGCCUUCUUCUCACAGACGUGGCUGAGCUCCAUAUUCAUCGUCAUUCCGAGAAAGGGAGAGAGAGACUUUAUGCUCAGGCUUGUCGUAUGCUUGGUGUUUUCGGAAACAUUCAACUUUCAGCUAUUGACAAGGAUGAUUAUAUGGGGGAGCACCGGGCCGAUCGAUUCGCUUGGCCUACCAAUUAAACAAGAUAUCAUAGACGCACUCAACGACUCACGGGAGUAUGCGAUUGAGACCGUUGUAGCCGAAUUCUUGAAAUUGAGGCAACGCCUGUGCGAGGAUCAAAUGUGCUCGUUCGAAUGCUCCUCCAUACGCUUGGGCGCCCUCCUCAAGGCCAUGUCCAAGAUGGGACUCGCGGAUCCUAUCCCAACCAGCCCAUACCCUGGCCACAGCUUGUUGGCCCUCGAACAAGCCAUCCGCGACAUCAAGGAGCCAACCUGGAAGACGAACUGCCCGGAGAGUUCUGCGGCCCCAAAGGAAUCUACAAAUACGGCUACGAAGCCUGCAACAGGACAGUCCGGCAAUGGUUCUGAUGGUAACCCUUUCCCAAGCACAAAGAGUCCUCCCGCUCAAGCCGCCACCGGUCCAAGAUUUGGGUUCCCUUCUACAUCAUCUGGGGGUCUGUUUGGCAAUACCACUUCCGUCCCGACUGGGGGAUCUGGAGCAACUGCUUCAUUGGGGGGUCUGUUUGGCAGUGGUAAUACUGCUCCGACUGGGGGCUCGGGUUUAUUUGGUAAUAACGCCAAUGCUGCUCCAACUGGUGGUCUAUUUGGCAGUGCCACCACCGCUCCGUCGGGGGGAUUUGGCACAACUGCUUCAUCAGGAAGCCUCUUUGGCGCAACUGUUCCAUCGGGGAGUCUCUUUGGUAAAUCUACUCCACCAGGAGGCCUCUUUGGUAAACCCGAUACCGAAGACAAAACUAAAGUGCCUCCUCCUCGCUGCAGUCUUGCUGCCAAAACCGGCCCAAUCAUUGAAGAGCUACUUAAAACGUUCAACGGUCUAGAUCUCUACGACUUUGUCAAGCAAGAGUGA